AUGGCGUUCUACCCAAACUACCACACAGCGACAGCAUACGAAUAUGGCUUUAGCACUCCCUUUCCCGGAGCCCCUCUGUAUCAGAAUGACUACAUGGAAAUGUUUCGGCAGCAGCAACAACAGGCUAUGAUGAGCCGGGGCCUGUUUCCAGCGGCCGGUGGGAAAGCCACCGAAUCCAAACCGAGACUUGCCAAGGAUGAGGUCGACAAGCUUGAAAGGGAAUUCCAGAAGAACAAUAAACCCAACAGCAGCUUGAAGAAGCAGCUCGCCGAGGAGAUGAGAGUGGACAUCGCGAGGAUUAAUAAUUGGUUCCAGAAUCGACGAGCAAAGGCGAAGCAAGAGAAGAGGACACAGGAGAAUGAGGCUCGCCGCAAGUCUGAUCAGGCUACCGAAACGCCCAACAGCUCCGAGACUAUCAAGGAGUCCUUCCACGACCACGACGACGAUCUUCGCCCGUCGGCGGCUCCAUUUCCACCCGUUCACGUAUCAGCCGACGCGUCGUCUAUUAGUGAAACAUCACCCACAGAGAACAUCCAAACCCCGGAGCCGUCGUAUGAACAGCCACAAGUCGUCACCCAAGAGCCGGAAUCAGAGUACGCCUCGCCGGACUCGUCCAAUUCUUUCCAGCACCAGGAUCUCGACAUCAGCUACUCCCUGGGCCCCGACCAAUUCUACACGGACCAGACUUGCGAUUUCUCAGCAUCCAUGCCUACAGAGGUUAUUCACCAAACACCUGGUCACCUGACUCUCUCGAUCCCCAGCCAGUACUUGGCACAGCUUCCUGAGUCAACGAGUGCCUCUUCGUUUUCUUCUUACCAUCUGCACAGCGCAAGCGACAUGGACGAGUCAUUGGCUUCUUUCUCGCACAGCCUUUCUGCCAACUUGACCAGCCCAAUUCCGAUCAGCAUCAAGCAGGAGCAAAUGCAAAGAGAGGAUCUUGAUAAGUUUGAUCAGUUCUCUCCCCAGUCCAUGUCCCAGUCCCCUCCCGAGAUCUCCACACCAGACUUUCGACUUAAGUCGACUUCGACCAUCGACAUUGCUAGCAGAAGAAACUCCAAGAGACCUGCUACUCUCGUUAGCUGUGUGCGGAGCCAGUCGUACAACUACUCAGGUCCGAAGACUGGCAUCGAAAUGCCCAGACGCAUGGAGGCCCCCAGCCCGAUGCGCCGCGUUGCAUCGGCAACAGGCAACUUCCCAAGGGGAAUCCAAAAGACGGCUGGUGCCGGCCCAAGAUCACCACUGUACUUUGACCGUAACCAGGAGAACCUUAUUUUGCAGAUGGCCUCAAGAUCCCCAGCAUCACGAAGCCCAGCGGCGCCACCAACCCCAAACACACCAAUCGUCCCUAGUCAACAAGCCAUGCGCGAGACCACUGUCUCGUCCAUGUCCUCUGCCGAGGAUGACAAGAGCUAUAGCACGCAAAACAGCUUGACAGUACCGCAGUACGCUAUGGACCCGACCAUGAGGACCCCGCCGGACACUCCUGGAAUGAUGACGACCAUGCCAAACUCACUGUUUCCCGCGUUCGACUUCAACGUUUCUGACGACCCCCUCUCGACGCCAAGCUUUGGAAGUUUUGACCAGGAGUUCCCCAACAUGUCGGCGAGCGUACCCAGCUACGUCGCACACAGUUGCGCAAGCCAGCCGGUCACACCUUCGUUCCCUCCCAGCAACAUGGGACCGGCGUUCUACUCAUCGUACGGUGGUGGCAACACCGAGUACAACUGGUCGGAUGCCUCUUCGGUGUUAGUCAAGCCGUCACCUGAGCAAUCACGAUCAAGACAGUUUCAGUUCACCAACAUGACUGCACAAGAUUUCCAUGGGGAAUGA